CUCAGGCUAAUAGCUUCAGUUUUAAUGUCACCCUUGUCUUCUGAAGCCUGUAUUUUCCCUUGGCUAGCUCUGGAAUACUUGCAUCUUUUUUUCUGAGACAGUGUUUCUUCAGCUGCAAGAUCUUUUUGGUUUCUAUGGAGUAUAUGCAGAUUUCUACAUACAUGGCAACUUGCACGAGAAGUGUUUUGGCAAUCAGUUUUAACAAUCACUGACAAUUUAGCUAGUGUUUGAGAUUCUAGAUUGCUUUCUAGCCAUUGCUGGAGACAAUAAUUACAGUUGUUUUGUACUCUUAUGUCUUGGACCAGCUCAACAUCUUUUGACUAAUACUGUUUGCUUCUUUAUUUGUACUGUCUUUGAACCUUGCUAAGAAAUACUGAGAAAUGUCGUUCUGAUCUAAACUACACCAUGGCUAUAACAGAGAGGGCUUAACUUUAGCAUCUAAUGUAGCGUUCCUCUGUCUCCUCCAUUUCUUCUCUCAGGCUCCUAGUCAUUUGUCCCAGGUAAGGCAAGAACAUAGUUGCCAUGAGGAUGGAGUGGAUGAAGAAUACCGCUAAAAAUAUUGUCAAACUGACACUUUAGAUAGGUACAUAGCACACCUUUCAUUUGAUUUCACAUUUUUUAAAUACAUUUCUGCAAUAAAUCCAUUAAAAACUACCGACCAAAGCUGUGGAAACCAUUUCAACUAACAUACAACAAGUUUUUAUUUCUAGACAGACCUUAUCUGGCAGUGGGUGAAAGGAAGCACUCCUGGCAUGCGUGUGCUGUACUUCCACCUGUUGAAAUAGCAAAAGCUGGCAAGUUUGCUAGAGGCAGCGUUGCAUAGCAACCACUUUGUUGACCUCCCAUGCCAUUCAGAGCCCCUUCCUGGAAUAUUUGUCUUGCACUUAAAAAUACAGUGUGGUGCUGAUCUGGAGAUAGAGACUGCACAACAGUUGGGAGCAAACCCCAUAGUGAAGGGGAACAGAGGAUGUGGCUUUUAGCCAGAGUUCAUUCUCAGGAAUAAUCAGGUUCCACAUUCCAAGAAUUCACCUGUGUUAUAUGCAGAACCUUUACAAAAGCAAUGGCCAGACUGCUGCAAGCUCCACCCAAGUUUCAUUCUUCAGAAUGGUAUGUUGCAAACAAGAUGCAUUGUGCCAGUACAGAGUCUCAGAAAUCCAGUUCAGAACGCGUGAUAGCUGAGAGUCGAAGACUGGUGGAUGAAAUAGAAAAGACAACUCAGAAAACCCAAAGCAAUGUCAACAAGAAAAUAGAACAGAGACUGGAAGAAAUAAAGUUCUGGAAGCAAGAAUUAGAUAACAAACUUGAACAAAUUGUUAAUGAGACAGAGGUACUGUUAACUUUCAAGAUCAGGCUGGAGAAAGCCUUGGAGAGCUGCAAAGAGCCACUUGUAAUUUCCCAGAAGUGUCUCAUGAACAGGCAGAGACGAGCUGGGAUUGACUUGGUGCAUGAUGAAGUGGAACAGGAACUGGUCAAAGAAGUUGAAGUUCUGCAGGGGGUUAUUGCUUUGCUUGAACGUACAUUAGAACAAACCAAUGAGCAAAUCAGACUAAACCGUUCUGCAAAAUACAACCUGGAAAUGGAUGUGAAAGACAAGUUCACAGCUUUGAUGAUUGACAAUUACUGUACUAGCUUGACAAACAACACACCUGAUGUCAGAUACACUGAUAAUGCAGUGAAAAUAGAAGGAAAUUUUGUUAGCCCUGAAGACUGGUUAUAUUUCUCAAACAUAAAUGUUGAAAAGGCUGACAAGCAGAGAAACAAUUCAAUGGCACUAAGGGUGCUGAUUGACAGCAUCCUCUCCCAGGCAGUGAAUGACAUGUGCAAGCAAUAUGAAAUGGUGAAUAUUGCACUUAGAAAUAGAGCAAAGGAAGUCAGAGAUGCUAAGCACAAGCUAGAGACACUCCUUGCAGUGGUGAUGGAGGAGACUGCCUCACAGGAGAUGAACAUUGCAGCCUUAAAGAAAGCAAUUGCUGAUAAAGAAGGACCUGUUAAAGUGGCUCAAACCCGCUUGGAAGCAAGAAACCAUCGCCCUGGUGUGGAAUUAUGUUAUGACACAGUGCAAUAUAGAUUGACUGGUGAAGUUCAAGAGAUUACAAACAAUAUUCAAAGGUUAAAGGACACACUGGCACUGGCUGAGACAGAGCUGAAAGGUCUGAGACGUCGACAGCUUUCCUUGGAGGAGGAGAUCCAGAUCAAGGCAGAUACGUUAUACAUUGAUGAAGUGCUCUGCAAGCCGAUGAGAGAGUCUGUUUGCAUUGACAACUUUUGAAGGCAUACUACUGGACAGCUUGUUCUGAGAUUCUUAUUGACAAAUUCCAGAUUUAUUGAUUUGGAUUAAUGCUGUCCUCAUUCUAGAUGCGUGAGGUAAUUAAAACAGACGUAGUACUUACAGCUUGGACUGUGCUCUAGAGCGUCUGAUGAAAUCUCUCAUUUGGCAAUAAAGUUCCAGAAUAAGAGGGAA